UCGUAAGUAAACAAACAAUGAUCACGGGGAUGAAAGGGUAUUUAUGAUUUCUGACACUUAACUUAUAUUGAAAUAUAAUGUUUAAUGGCACAAGAAAAAAAAAAAACUAUAUUAAAUUAUUACAUACAGAAAGAAUAUGACAUUAAAAUAUUUUACAAACAGAUCAUCUGCAAGUAAUUAGUUUGUAGUCUAUUCUUAAGUAUAAGAUUAUAAAAGAUUGUUUUACUACAAAAUGGACGAUUUUAAAGAGUUAUUUAAACAGUUAUGUCAAAAACAUAAAGUUCUUCGACAAGAUUUUGUUCUAGAUUACUUGAAAUGUGUUGAGGAUGACAGAAUAUCUCUGGAUUUAUCAUCUUGUAAUUUAUCCGUAUCCAUUUGUAUAGUUCUUGGUAAAGUAUUAGAGCAAAAUGCUACUGUAACUGACCUUUAUUUUUGUAAUUGUAUGCUACCAUAUAAAGGAUUAAAAGCUAUUUUGGAUGGUCUUUGUAUUAAUAAAGCAGUAAGAUUUCUAAAUCUUAAGGGUAACAAUUUACGAGGAAAAAGUGCUGACGAUAUUGGUAAAUUAUUAAGAGACAACAAUGUAUUAUAUCGUUUAUCACUAGAAUGGAAUUCUUUAGGAAAAUGUCACGAUUCCUUUACAUUAUUCUGUUCAGGAUUAGCUACAAAUAAAACAUUAAAGAUCCUGGAUUUGAGAAAUAAUGAGAUCAACAAUGAAGGUGCAGUGGCACUUGCUAGUGCUCUUUCUAAAAACAUUUCAUUACAAUCUUUAGAUGUACGAUGGAAUCAGAUCAAUAAUCUAGGAGCGGAUUCAUUGUUAAGUGUACUAAAACAGUACAAUAAAACACUUUUAAAUUUGGAUUUAUCUGGUAAUCCUGAUAUGGCAAAUAGUAUUCUGGAAACGAUAGCUGCCGUCCUCACAAACAAUUGCACUUUGCAACUGUUAGAAGAAGAUGAACUUAGAAGAAAAAUGUUAAUGAUGGAUAAAUCGAGAACUACCAAUAUAAAUGUUCAGAAUGUCAAACAAGUUGUUAGUGUUUGUGCAUCCUUCACUCAUGUUGGUCAACCCCGCUGCAUAUCAGCCCUUUCUAUAAUGAUUGAAAUUAUGACUGACCAUCUUAUUUUACACAUGUUACAUAUCUAUCUUCAAGCUUAGAAAAAGAUUUUCAGUGGAAGUAAGUAAAGUUGAAAUAUUAUGUAUAUCUUCUUAUUCCAUAAGUUAUAUGUGUAAUGUUUGCUUUUGUCUAAUGAACCUUGGCCAAGCAGAAAAAUAGAACAGAAAUAGCAGAAUGAGUUUUAAUAGAUUUAUAAAAUGAUAUAGACACGUGUCCUAAUAUGUAACUAACUGAUACAUUCUGGUUUGAUAUGCUUCAAGUCAGUCUUAUAUGUUUUGCUUCAGCUUAUAAUCCAUUGCAAAUCUUUUCCUUUUAAGAGCCUUUUUGAGUGGUUUGAAGACAAGAAAAUUAGCUAGUGACUAAUCAUGGCUACAUGAAGGUUGAUGCAUUGUUUUCCAGCAAAAGCAAAAUACACUUUUGUAUUUGCUGUGUGUGAAUGUGCAUUAUUGUGAAAGUGGAUCACAUCUUCAAUUAGCAAUCCUGGAUACUCAUUCCUUAUGUAUCCUUAUUGCAUGAUAUUGCUUCAUCGGGGUUCUGGUGAAUCAAUUUAAUUUAUUUAAUAAUGACAUAAAGUUUAUCAAGAAUUUUCUUGAUAGUGUGGCGAAUGCCGCCUUUCACAUCUGUACCCUUAACGGUUGUAAAAUACAAGCAAUUACCCCCGGGUGCAUGAGUCAUCACUUCCUGGAAUAAAUUCAAACUCACCCCACAAAGACCGUCGACCACCAGUUGUCUUUGUUAGCCGUGUCGUCGAGACGUGCUGUACCAAGUAUGCGAGAAGGACAAUAAAAGUUUAGUUUUUGUUACGAUCUCGUCUCGUUCAUUUCUUCCACUCGCAGCGACGAAAGAUAAAAGCAACCACAACCCAAAAACCACAAUAGUAAUAAUUUAAAAAAAUAAUAAAAGCCAAUAAAACUAGACAAAUAAUUAUCAUACAUAUCUUUCAAUGUAACAAAAUAAUCCAAAAAAUCCUUAAUGAAGGUAAUUAUGAGAAACUCCCAGGGGACCUAUUAACUAAAAUAUAAAAAUAUAUGAAGAAAAUUAUAAAUAAAUUGAAAAAGGAAAUAUUAAUUAUGGAUGAGGAUACUAAAUAAAUACUAAAAGAUGCUGAUAGAAUGCCAAAAUUUAGCUUCAGAGUGAAAACUUACAAAAACCUGAUAAAAUAUAGACUGUUAAUAGAUAUAAAGUUUUACUUAACAUAUAAUCUAGAAUUAUUUAUAAAACAAAAUUAAAGAUAAUAAAUAAUUCACAGUUUAGUAUUAGUAGCACAGUUGGCCUUAUUAAAAAAAUUACAACUAAUAAAUAUUCAUAACAAUGUUACAGUAGAAUUGCUUCCAUUAGAUAUAAAAAACACGUAUCCCUCAAUAACACAUAAUAAAAUUAUGGAUACCCUUCAGCUAAAACACUGUGCAGGUUGGCUAAUGCAGUUAAUUAAUUUAGUAUUAAGUAGUAAUUACUUUGAGUUGGGUAGGGAAUAUUUUAAACAGAGAGAAUCUACACAUGGAGUUGCAUAGGAUCAAAACUGGCAGAGAUCUAUAUGAUUGAUAUAGAGAAAUAGUGGAUAAACAAGAAAUACA